GAGAUGCAGCGUUUACUGACUCAAGUGGCUGCAGGGAAACUGCAAAUCUACAUGGUGAUCGUGGUGAUGUUUACCUACAGCAUUCUGCUCAGCAGGGACUUUGAGUGCACCUGCAAACCUCAGCACUAUGACUGCAUCAUUUACUCACUUCUUCCUGCUCUCAUAGUGACCGUCCUGAUGCUGUGGUCCAACAGGCUGUUCCAGAGGCUCUGCAGCUACUGCUGCACAUUCAAAGGGUUUCUCUGCUGUCAGAUCCUGAAGUCUUCUAUGGUCGGUCUCCUCUGGGUUGCACUUCUUUUCGUUAAAGGCGACUGGUUUGCCUGCUGCUUUAAUAACCUUUCUGAGGAACAGGCCCAUCUACCCUGCAAAGACCCGGGGAGGAGGACCGUUGAGGAGAGAGAAACCAUCGCUGGGGUGAAAAACACAUCCAGGGUUGUUGGCUGCUGGAUGCUCUUCAUCAUAAUCUUCUCAGGAGCCAUGAGUUCAUGGAUCAGAUGGAAAUGUGACGGCGUGUGUAAAUGCAGCAGGCAAACCGCUCAGUAUGAAGAAACACUUUACUACAAACUGGUUCUGGAGGAGGAGGAAAAGGUGCUGAAGGAGGUUCUGAGGCAGGCGGUAAACCUAAAGCUGAGCGCAGAGAUCAGGAAGAAAUGUGAGAAAAACUGGAGAGAAGCUUUUAAUGUUGCUGAUGACCUCAUCACCAAGGAAUUACAGCAAACUGUCAAUGAAGAAACAACCUGACAGGGAAGAAGGUGAAUCUGUAAACAUUUUAGAAACAGCCAUAUUCAUUUAUUUCACUUCACAUGAAAGGAAAACUUUAAAACAACCAGGAUUGAUUCUGUAUAAAUUACUGUAGCCAUUGUAUAGUUCAGAGAUGCUACAGCUUUGGAAAGCAAUAGAGCGAAUGACA